AUGGUGGCAGCGUCCCCUAGCGUCCCCUGGUGGCAGCAUCCCCUGGUGGCAGCAUCCCCUGGUGGCACCGUCCCCUGGUGGCAGCAUCACAUGGUGGCAGCGUCCCCUAGCGUCCCCUGGUGGCAGCAUCCCCUGGUGGCAGCAUCCCCUGGUGGCACCGUCCCCUGGUGGCAGCAUCACCUAGCGUCCCCUGGUGGCAGCAUCACCUUGUGGCAGCGUCACCUUCGUCACAUGGUGGCAGCGUCCCCUAGCGUCCCCUGGUGGCAGCAUCACCUUGUGGCAGGUCACCUAGCGUCACCUGGUGGCAGCAUCCCCUGGUGGCAGCGUCCCCUGGUGGCAGCGUCUCCUGGUGGUAGCGUCCCCUGGUGGCAGCGUCACAUGGUGGCAGCGUCCCCUGGUGGCAGCGUCACCUUGUGGCAGCAUCACCUUGUGGCAGCGUCCCCUAGCGUCCCCUGGUGGCAGUGUCCCCUGGUGGCAGCGUCUCCUGGUGGCAGCGUCCCCUGGUGGCAGCGUCCCCUGGUGGCAGCGUCUCCUGGUGGCAGCGUCUCCUGGUGGCAGCGUCCCCUGGUGGCAGCGUCCCCUGGUGGCAGCGUCCCCUGGUGGCAGCGUCCCCUGGUGGCAGCGUCCUCUGGUGGCAGGGCGCCCCCUACAGGAGGAGCAAGGUGGCGGCUGGGUCACGUUGUCGUGCUGUUGCUAUGGACGACUCUGCACAGACACGUGUCAAGCUGCAGCUCCACCAACUGUAACGUGAACCUGACGGAGGCCCAGGGCGGGAUCACGUCGCCCUGCUACCCCCAGAAAUACCCCAACUCCCAGGCCUGUCGGUGGACCAUGCAGGCCCCGGCCGGCUUCAUCAUCCAGCUCUCCUUCCUGGACUUUGAAAUGGAGGAGGCGCCCGGCUGCAUCUAUGACCAAGUGGUGGUGAACACGGGAAACACGGAGGUGAAGUUCUGCGGCGUGACGGCCAACGGGCUGACGCUGAACUCCACGGGGAACGUGAUGGAGCUGUCCUUCAACUCCGACUUCAGCGUGCAGAAGAGAGGCUUCAGUGUUAGCUUCCGACACGUUGCCGUGGCACUGAGGAACCAGAAGGUGAAGAUCUCCGGGGGCAACGGCCAGGUCACCAUGGUGACCAGCUCCGUGUCGCUGCCGGCGCUCAGUCAGCUGACGCUUUGCUUCGAGGUGGAACGCAACGUCCGGAAACAGAAAGAGUGGCUCUUCACCUACUUCGACAGCAGCAGCACGGUGAGGCUGAGUCUGGGCUCCACCCAGGCCGGCAUGACGCUGAUCCUGGACGGAGUGUCCUGCUCCAUCAACUCCAUCCUGUCCUCCUCCGACUUCCCCUUCUCCAUGGAGUCCUUCUGCGUGGCCUGGACCUCCUCCACCGGCCUGGUGGCGGUUUACUUCAACGGGAACUACUUCACCAGGACCUGCGCUUCCUCCAGUGGCCACACGGUGCCGGCCGGGGGGCAGUUCAGGUUGGGAGGGCAGCACAGUUUCGACGGGUACAUGUACAACCUGCGGCUGUGGGACUCCGCCCUCACGGAGACGCAGCUGCGGGCGCUGACCUGCGACACGGUGGGAGGCGUGGUGGACUGGGACAACAGCCAGUGGAGCAUCCCCCCCGCCCUGGCCCACACCGACGCCACGCUCAGCUGCAGUGUCUCCCCCCCUGGAACCACACCCCUCCCCCCCAGCUGUGACUCCCCUGGACUGGGCUGCCCAGAGGAGUUGUUCUACCGGAUUCAUUUUGUGGUGGACGACGGCGGCUCCGUCUCAAACCCGAGUGACGUGAAGCAAGCUGUGGUUCUCUGGCUCAAUCAGACGUUUCAGAACUGGACCCACUCCGUCUCCGUAGAUCACGUCCGCGUCCAGCAGGGGGCAGCGAGCGGAGGAAACCCCACCAGUUACUCGUGUCAGGCUCUGCUGGUUUAUUACUUCAUCGCUAACGAGAGUCUGGGUGAAGCUGCUGUCUCCACCCGGCUGAGCAGCAGAGAGGGACUGAUGGCUGCCGCUGGGCUGCAGAUCAAACACGCCCCCGAGGACGUUCAAUUAAUUGAAAACUGUCCGGAGGAGAAUCCUCUUCCAUAUCGCUGGCCUGAGAGUCGACCCACUGUGACCAGACACCUGCCGUGUUUCCCCAACAAGGACCAGAGCACGUCCAGGACCUGUUUGAUCCAUGCUCAGAACUUCUCCUCCUACUGGUCAGCUUCAGACUCCAGUAACUGCACGGACAUCGACACCAUCGAGGUGUCAGCAGAGAACGCAGCGGAGGUGGCGGAGCAGCUCGCCAACAUCACCAACACGGAGCUGCCCAGCGAGGAGGUGUCCAAAGUGGUGGCGAAGGUCCAGGAGCUGGUGAACGUGGCGAAGAUCAACGCGACGCUGGCGAACACGGUCGUCACCAUCAUCUCCAACGUGAUGAGCAGCUCCGAGACGGCGCUCGCUGCCACGUCCGAGAGGGCUCUGAAGACGGUGGACGAGCUGGUCCAGAAGAUCGAGUUCGAGGGGCCGUCCCUCAGCAUCAGCUCCAGACACUUGGCGUUGGGGAUCUCGAACCUGAACGCCAGCGCCUUCAACGGCACGUCCUUCAGCGCCUUCACCCCCCCCAACGCCACCGACCCGCAGGUGGCGUUCGAGUCGGAGCGCCUCCACCCGCUGGCUCAGGUCACGCUCCCGUCCUCGCUGCUGUCCAGCGUCUCGCUGAGCGAGUCCGACCGGGCGUCUCUGUCCAGGGUCAACUUCAUGUUCUUCAAGAAGACCAACCUGUUCCAGCGGGAGCAGGACGGCCGCUCGCUCAGCAGCUACGUGGUGGCGAGCAGCGUCGGCAACUUGUCCAUCAGAGGCCUGACGGAGCCGGUGCAGAUCCAGAUCGCUCACGUGUCCCAGCAGUUCUCCUCCCGGCCAGUUUGUAUGUUCUGGGACUUCAGCUUCAACAAUGGCGGUGGAGGCUGGAACGGAGACGGCUGCAGAGUGUCCAAAGAAUCCAGCGUCAACAAAACCAUCUGUCUGUGUGAUCACCUGACACACUUCGGCAUCCUGAUGGACAUCUCCGGAGUUUCAGCCCACAUCGACGCGAGGAACAACAAGAUCCUGACCUUCAUCACCUACAUCGGCUGCGGCAUCUCCGCCAUCUUCUCCGCCGCCACGCUGCUCACCUACAUCGCCUUCGAAAAGAUUCGACGCGACUACCCGUCUAAGAUCCUGAUGAACCUCAGCACGUCCCUGCUCUUCCUGAACAUGUGCUUCCUGCUGGACGGCUGGUUGGCCAGUCUGGAGAAGCGCUGGCUGUGCUUGUCUGUGGCCGUCUUCCUGCACUACUUCCUGCUGACCUCCUUCACCUGGAUGGGCCUGGAGUCCGUCCACAUGUACAUCGCCCUGGUCAAGGUCUUCAACACCUACAUACGACGAUACAUCCUCAAGUUCUGCAUCGUCGGCUGGGGCCUCCCGGCGCUGGUGGUGGGGAUCGUCAUCGCGGUGGAUAAGAACUCUUACGGGCUGCAGGAGUACGGCAAAGGAGAGUCCGGAGACGGCUCCUCUGAGCUCUGUUGGAUCCAGAGUCCCGCUGUGUUCUACACCACCUGUGUGGGUUACUUCUGUCUGGUGUUCCUUCUGAACGUGGCCAUGUUCAUCGUGGUGAUGCUGCAGAUCUGCGGCCGCAACGGCAAGCGCAGCAACCGCUCGCUGCGAGAGGAGGUCCUGAGGAACCUGCGCAGCGUGGUCAGCCUCUCCUUCCUGCUCGGCAUGACCUGGGGCUUCGCUCUGUUCGCCUGGGGACCCGUCAGCCUGGCCUUCAUGUACCUCUUCGCCAUCUUCAACUCGCUGCAGGGUCUGUUCAUCUUCAUCUUCCACUGCGCCCUGAAGGAGAACGUCCAGAAGCAGUGGAGGAGAUACCUGUGCUGCGGCCGGUUCAAGCUGUCGGACAACUCAGACUGGAGUAAGACGGCCACCAACAACACCAAGAAGGUGAGCUCAGAGAACCUGGGCAAGUCUCUGUCGUCCAGCUCGUUCGGCUCCAGCUCCGCAAACUGGACGUCCAAAGCUAAAGCUACACUCAACCCGUUCAGCAAGCGACACAGUACCACAGAUAAAUGUUAUUCCAACCAGACCAGCCCCAAGUGCGUCUCCUCCUCCUCCUCCUCCGAGCUGGAGCCCAACUCCUCCUCUUCCUCCUCCUCCUCCUCCUCCUCCAUCCUCCCUGUCAGCCAGAUGAUUGACAAGGUCAAAGGCUACUGCUCCGCCCGCUCCGACAACUUCUACAAGAACAUCAUCCUGUCCGACAGCUUCGCACACAGCACCAAGUUCUAG